AUGAUUAAUACGCUAUCCAAAUUCUCCCGGCUGGGCCACCUUGUUGCGGUGCUGGGGAUCUGCUGCGGAGACGCCGUCAAGUCCAUCAGCUCCAAGGCAGCCAAGAGCGUCCACCUCCUCCUGGCGAUCGUGCUUGGCCAGAAAAUUGCGAGGCUGGAUGAGAAGAACGUCCACACGGAAGCCAUCAAGCGCAAGCACAAGGAGUUCUUGGAAUCUUGGAAUCCGGCCGUGUUUCUCAAAAACCCCUCCAGAGUUGCAGAGGUCUUUGGCGUCUACUUCAGCCCGAGAGAGAAGACCGACUUCAUCCUGACCGCUUUGGACGGCUUGACGGUGCAGUGCACCACCCAUUGCUGCGCCACCACAGAGGGGCUCCUUGCCAGCAUGGCGAGGCACUGCGGCGCCGAGAUAGAGAAGGUCUCGGACAUUGUGGACGGGAUCUGCAGCCGCCUGGACCUGAUCCACCAGCCCAGCGCAAGGAGGCUCGUGAUGAAGCUGGUGGGCUUGCUGGCAGGCAGGACCGAGCACUUGGACACGGUCAUCUCCAGCCUCCUGGAGCAUUCCUUCCCACCAGACAGCAAUUCGUCCGAGUUGUGGCAGUCCCUCUCUACCGAGGAAGUCGUGGAGGAGCAGCUGAUGGAGAAUUUGCUGGCCAGGCUGCAGGACCACCACAGCACUGAGCUGCAGACCUCCGCUGCCUCUAUUGCCAUCACUCAGGCUCUCUACGAAGUAAUCUCAGUGCCUGAAUCUAAAGACACCAUCCAGAGACUUUAUCCAGACCUUCUGACUGCUCUGCUCAUCGAACUCUACUUCAGCAACCAGGCCGAAGCUCUGCCGGAUAUGAAUUUCCUCCGGAAGCAAUGUGGUCGUGGGGAAAACCUCGCGAGCUUUUCAGUGGAGGCCCUCAAGUUGCUCCUGAUUCGCACUGGCUGCCGCUACGAGGUCACGUUCAUGGAGAGGUCGCGGGGCUGGAGCAUGCUGCAGAGUGCCAGGGAAGUGCUCCAGGGGGCCACGCUGCUGGCAAGGUGAGGGCCCUGCUGUUCCACCAACUUCGCCUCUGGCCAAGGAGAGGCACCCGCCAGCACCCAGGCUGCCACGCUGGCUCUGCCGUUUUGAAAACCAUCACAGCUCUUCUCCAAGGGAGCCAAGG